AUGGCGACGCUGAAUGUGCUGGCGGGCCGCCUCUCCCGCCGCCCAGGACGGAUAUUGUUCCUCGUUGUAGUACUUUUCUUCUUUGCAUACACACUCAAGGGCCGGAGACCACAUGCGCCCCAGCCUGUCCACAAGGCGAAGACAAGGUCGUUCUUCCCGCCGCUCGAGCAGAAGAGCGCGAACAGCAUUGAGCUCGACUACUGCCAGAAUUUCCCCAAGGACCUUCUCAAUGAGGUCCAGGUCGUCCUCAAGGUUGCCGCCGGCGAGACAGCCGUCAAUAAGGCGCACCUCAACACCGUCACAAGCUGCAUCACGAACCUCAUCAUCGUCAGCGAAGCCGAGGAACGGCUGGGCGACCGACAGGUAAUUGACAUCUUGGCCGAAUUGCCUAAGAGCUACGAAGUCAACAACCUCGAUUUCCAAGCAUACAUCAACCACAAGAAGGCGCACUUGGAGGGCGAGACGGUGCAGGAGUCGCAGCGCAGCUUCAAGCUCGACCGCUUCAAGUACUUGCCCAUGAUCGAUAAGGCAUAUGUCUCAAGCCCCAAGGCGAAGUGGUAUGUCUUCCUCGAGUCGGAUGUCUACUUCUUCUGGGACACGCUGUUCCGCCUGCUCAGUCAGCUCGACCCCACCGAGCCACACUACCUGGGUGCGCCCCAUAAGGGCAGCGAAGGCCGCUGGUUUGCCUAUGGCGGCGCAGGUUUCGUCAUGUCGAACGGCCUGAUGAAGCAGCUGAUCCCAGCCAAGGCGCCUGGCUCCACUGAAAUCCCCCACGAAAACCGACUGAGCGUGAGAUUUGAGAGCUGGGUCAAAGAAGAGGCGCGCGGUGAUGCCGUCCUCUCUUAUGCUAUUCAGAACGUCACUGGCCACAGACUUGAAGCCUUGGACCCUACAUUCACCAGCGAUGAGCUUCGAAGGAUCACAACCUACCGUGAUCGCUGGUGCGUGCCGCUACUUUCGCUGCACCAGCUGUCACCUGAGCAGAUGGAGAACUUGUGGAAGUGGGAGCGCACACGGCCUUAUAACCUGAAACCCUUCACCUACUCCUCGCUCCUCUCCUACACACACUCAUUCCUCGCAAAUGGCCCCUCCCGCGAAUGGUGGGACAACCUCUCCGAAGCGCCCGUACCCAACGAUCGCCCCGCCCACCGCAAUGCCGGCAUGUGUGGCUCCGAAUGCCACAACGACCCCAACUGCCUGCAGUGGUCAUUCUCGCAGACCGUCUGUCGUCACUCGAACUACAUCAGGCUGGGCGACGCAGUCAAUAAGGAGAAUGGUGGCCAGGGCGAGUUCGUCUCUGGUUGGGAUACCGAGACUUUCCGCACGCUGGGCUUUGGCGUCUCCGAUGAAAGGGGUGAAAGGAAAUUCUAUGAAGGUUGCGAUGAAGCCACAUGGCUCAGCCCAAGAAUGUUGUAG